UCACCCUUGUUGUUGUGGCUUCUUUAAUUGUUCUUCGUACCAAUCAUGGUUACAUUCUUAAAUACCAGUUGCAAUUAAAAUAACAUAAAAUAUACAAAUGAAUUAUUAGAUUCAAUAUCAAUCACAUAAUUUUCUUAGCAUAUAUAGAAUAGACCGACACACACUAACUUGUAUCAAAAUGUAUACUCUAAUGACUCUCAUCCUUCUUGUCCCUCUUCUUCUUUUUCUUUUCCGACACUUCCUUUCACGGCGGCUAAGGCUGGGGAAACCAUACCCUCCCGGUCCCAAAGGCUUACCCAUCAUUGGCAAUAUACUCAUGAUGAACCAAUUCAACCACCGUGGCCUAGCCAAGCUCAGCCGCACGUAUGGCGGAUUACUUCACCUCCGCCUUGGACUUUCCCAUCAUUUUGUAGUUUCUUCUCCUCAAAUCGCACGUCAAAUCCUCCAAGUUCAAGACCACGUUUUCUCAAACCGUCCGACAACAAUAGCCAUUCGUUACUUGACCUACGGGCAAUCCGACCUAGCAUUCUCCAAUUAUGGCCCGUUCUGGCGUCGGAUGAGGAAACUCUAUGUCAUGAUGCUCUUUAGCCGUAAACGGGCCGAGUCAUGGGUCUCUGUCGACCAAGAGGUUCACAAAGCGGUCCGUUUUGUAGCGUUCAAUGUCGAGAAACCGUUAAACUUAAACAAACUCGCAUUCUCCUUAACAAGAGACAUAACGUUCCGAGCAGCGUUCGGCUCCUCGUCUUCAACUUCUGACGAAGGCAGACUAAACGAGUUCCUUGAGAUCAUCCACGAGUUCUCUAAGCUCUUUGGUGCGUUUAACGUUGCGGAUUACGUCCCGUCCUGGCUCAGUUGGAUAGACCCGCAAGGGAUAAACAAGCGGGCCGAGAAAGCUAGAAAGUCUCUAGACAGUUUCAUUGAAUCAAUCAUCAAUGAUCACUUACACAAGAAGAAGACAGAACACAACGUUGACGACGAGACCGAUAUGGUGGACCAGUUACUUGCGCUUUACAAAGAAGAAAUCAAUGAUAACGACUCGGAGGCCAGAAUCUAUCUCGAUCACAUAAAGGGCAUCAUCAUGGAUGUGAUGUUCGGAGGAACCGAGACGGUGGCAUUAGCAAUCGAGUGGGUACUAACGGAGCUACUCCGGAGCCCCGAGAACAUGAAACGGGUCCAGGACGAGCUAGCGACUGUGGUAGGGCUUGAGCGGUGGAGCGUGGAGGACACGCAUCUUGAGAAGCUCACUUUCCUAAAAUGUGUACUCAAGGAGACUCUCCGGCUCCACCCGCCGUUCCCUCUUCUCCUCCACGAGCCGGUGGAGGACGCCGUGGUCUCGGGUUACUCCAUUCCGAAGGGUUCACGUGUGAUAGUCAACUCCUACGCGCUCGGGCGUGACCCAGAUUCGUGGUCCGACCCGGAAAUAUUCAAACCGAGUAGGUUCUUGGACACGGGUGCUCCGGAUCUCAUAGGGAACAGUUUCGAGUUCAUUCCGUUCGGGUCGGGUCGGAGAUCGUGCCCGGGUAUGCAACUCGAGAUGUACGCGUUUGAGCUUGCUGUCGCUCAUCUUCUACACUGCUUCACGUGGACAUUACCGGACGGCGUGAAAUCCGGUGACGUGGACACCGUUGAAGGGCCUGGUAUCAGCGUUCCUAAGGCGAACUCUCUUGUGGCAGUUCCGACCACGCGCCUCCUCUGUCCCAUCGUCUUGGAAAGCCACAACGUUUAAAAACUUGUUUCCAUAAUAAUCACUGUUUUAUGUUCGUGUUUGCGUCUAUUUUUUACGUAUUCGACGUGUUAUGCUUACGUUAGCAUUACAUUAAGCCUCAAACCCUUGUCUAGUGAUUUAUAUUUUCAAAUCUGUUGACAUCAAGUAGAAAGACAAAUGUAUUUUUUAAAGAUUAAUAAUCCCAAUGAUCUUUAAACACAACCAGAACGAGUUAGUCUGGUGGUAAACGGCUUGCAGCUGCAAAUACGGUUCUGGGUUCGACUCGCACUGGCCAUCAGAGAAUUUACAUGCGGAUUUGCUCUGGCGUCCGAGACCGAAGACCGUUUUCUGGCCAUGACCCACCUUCGGAUGAGCAUCCGCGUCGCUAAAGAUUCGGUCUCAGUCUGGACCACCACGGUGGGAUCAUGACACUCGGUUAAAAAAAAAAUCUUUAAACACCGGCAUUGACCAUUUUCUGCGUAGUAGACCCCAUCAUCUCUAGCAUCCCACAAGAACCGUGCACCGAAUUUUAUGAAAUAACGAGAUUCUUCAUAUGCCGUAAGUCCUUUAUAAUAAGUAAAUUAACACCAUGCCUUAAAUCGCCGAAGAAAGUAGUUCCAUCGAAAAACUUAUCUUUAAGGAAAAAAAAAAACUUAAUCUCCAAAUUUAAUAAUAUAAUAGUACAUGGAGUUACGACGCACAUUGUGAGAACCAAGAUCGUACUUAUCAGAUAUACAAUGAUCUGUGGAUAUCAUCAUUCAUGCUUAAUGAGUUCCUAAAUUAUACUAUUAUGUUUUUUUGCGAACAGCUUGCUACUAUCAUUCGAUCCAAGACAUGUAGUUUGAGUUGCAGAAUGUAUUAUAAUUCGAUGUAAAUUGCAGUAAAAAUUAUGUGGUAAAAACUGUAAAUUCAUGUGGUAAGUUUGUAAUAAAAAUAAAAAUUAUUUUAUUAAAACUGAC